AUGGUAGAAGGCAGUUUCACCCAAGUCAAUCGGCGACUUGAAGACGAGCGUCGCGCCAAGUUCUGCGGUACUGCCAGCAUCAGUAUAUCGUCAUUGAAGCCAACGCCGAGGACGGCGGACCGCGUUCGUCGGCCCGUUUCCGAACCGCUCAAGAGGUUAUACCGAGAGGAGCAUGGGUGCCGACAAGAAGAUCAUCGACACCAUGCAAAGGCGACAAUCAGUCAAUUCGACCUGGAAGCCGCCCUGACGAACGCAGGGAUCACGGCCUCUCGGCUCCAGAGCGAUGCGUUGCCCUACCCAGUUCUCGGGCUACCGCCUGGUGUGCAGCUCGAAUGCCUCCAGGGGUCAGAUCGUAUCAUGGCAGCCGACGACGUGUUCGACGGGGCGGACAAGCAUUGGACAGUCGACCUGUAUCUAGACGAUCUGAGCGACGAUCUGCGGACGCUUUUUGUCGAAGAGUAUGAGUACCAAAAGGAACCCGACGAUGGCGAGUUCUACUGCAAGAUUCGGGGAUACCAGGGACAUCACGGCGACGGAAACCCUUUCUUUGAGAGGAUCUGGCUGGGACGGCUGGCCGCUCUCUCCAAGAACCGUCGACACCUUCUAGAUCAACUAUUCCGCCACAAGAAAUACACCGACGCCUUCGACGCACUCUUGGCUGUCCCCGCGCUCUUUUGCGGAUUUCGACUCACCGUGGUACACCAGGUCAUAUGCAUGAGGUGCGAAGAGCCUAACUUACAUUACUUGCAACACAUUCUCAAGGUCUGGAGCGAGAUAUGCGGCGACGACUCCCGGGCUAUGCGGCUCAUCGAUCGACCAACCAUAGAGCGCUUACAGGGAAAAGCGCCCGGAUCGUUCAGUGCGGACCACGACGAGCUCCUGAGCGACCUCAGCAGUGGGCGCAUCUUUGGAAACUUCUCCGAGCAACAACGAGAAGAAAUCAGAGCUCGGGUCUGUAACGUCUCGCGACAACAUUUGAUACCGUCGCUCUUCACUUUCUUUGAGGACCGAAAGUUCCUUCGCGCUGCCGCCGACUGCAUGAGACGGCUGACAGGCGUCGACUCCAAAGUUACGGUUUCGAGCCGCCUGGAUGAGAUGUUUCUGGACUCACACCAGCAGGCUGAUCGGUGCAUAGUACAGCUGUCUCCGACGGCAUAUGUGACCGUUCCGGGAGAUGCGGCAACCCGUUUCGACCUUGGCUGCCGGCAGUUAUGGCUUGCCGCCUUCCGAGAGUUCCGGGAACUGCCG